GAACAUUUUGACAAAACAUUUGUACUACAACUCCCAGCAUGCCCUUAAAUCCGUCAAAGGCCAUGUCAAAAUCAGUCACGUGAUGUGUCAGUGCCGCAUGCACACAGCUCAAAUGUGUUUGUUUACUUCUCGCUGGACGUAAUUUACAGUUUUUCCACAUAAAACGGGAUUUGACCAAAUUAUGGAAGUUGAAACUGCCAGACCAUACUUCUUUGGAGACAUAGGCUGCUGGUCGGAGAGGACCGAGGUGCACAAGGCGGCCUCUGAGGGACAUGCUGCCCAGCUGCAGAAACUCAUCCAGAGCGGAGCCUCCGUCAACAUAGUGGCUGUGGACUCCAUCACCCCCCUCCAUGAGGCAUGUGAAAGGGGGCAGACCCAGUGUGUCAGACUGCUACUGGAUGCGGGAGCACAGGUGGAUGCCCGUAACACGGACGGUAGCACCCCUCUGUGUGAGGCCUGCUCGGUCGGGAGCUUUGACUGUGUGAGGAUGCUGCUGGAGUAUGGGGCCAAGGUGAACCCCACCCUCUCUUCCCGGACCACCUCACCCCUACACGAAGCCUGCCUGGGGGGAAAUGCUGACGUUGUGAAGAUCAUGAUCGCUAAAGGUGCCAGCCUGGAGGCAUAUGACCUGUACUAUGGGACCCCACUUCAUGUGGCGUGUGCCAACGACCACACAGACUGUGUCAAGGCACUACUCAACGCAGGUGCCAAAGUGAAUUAUGCUCGGCUGCACAAGACGGCCCUGCACCAUGCUGCUAAAGUGAAGAGUGUAGACAUGAUCGACAUGCUGGUGGAGUUUGGGGCGAACAUCUACGCCAAAGACAAAAACGAUAAGAAGCCCAUUGACUACAUCGAACCCGGUUCUCCCGCUGCACUCUGCUUAGAGUUUUAUGAAAGUACUCCAUUGAGUCUGCAGCAGCUGAGCAGAGUGACCCUGAGGACGAUGCUGGGUAUCAGAGCUCUGGAGGUCGUAGUUCAACUGGACAUACCAAAGCAAAUCAUUAGCUUCCUCUGUUACCACUGACACCAUUAUCUUACUAAGGAGAAGGAAGGAAGCUCAGACAUUGAAACCUUUCUAUAAAACAUCACAAUUAUCAUAAUGCUACAGUCUGAACUUUAGAUACCACUCGAUUAGAUGCAUAAAAAUAAUAUGCAGACAGCAAAGCACAGGUUUCCAAACAGUAUUUUUAAGCAGAGCACUUUUUUCUUUGUCUUCAGAAUGUGUGCCAUAUCAACACAUUAGAUGCAUAUUUAAAGAACAGAAGCAUAGGAGGAUUUAAUGGGGACUUUUUACAUACAGUUUAUUCUUAACUCCCAUAUCUUGUAAACCUACAUGAAAGACAAAUGGAGGGAAAAUGAGGAAGUGGGGGAGAGUAGAAAAGAAAUGGAGGAGAAGAAGUGAUUUUGGCAGCUGAUCCUGCCCACUCUGCAAUACCAUCUGUGUACACUACACCAGCAUUUUAGUCGCCAUGACAAUGCGGCAGCAACACAUCCCAGAUCUCCGGUACAUCCUCAGGGAUGAGAAACGGUGUUGCAGCAGGAGGAUGAGCGGCGUUCCCGUUGACACGCUCCAGAUGUCACUGUGUAUCCCAGAUUCCUCCCUGACAUCGGAACGGAAACCACACCUGACAACUGGAUGUGUUUGAGGCGGACAUUGUGGAAUCCAGGCAACAGAGAAGCACCAUGGAAAACAAUCCGGCUUUUUUACCGUUAGCGUCUCUGAUCUGUUGCAUCCGCUAUAGCUGAGACGGCCCAGGCCUGAAUACGUUGUCUGUUUUUGGGGUAUGUGAUGGAUUCCUCAGAUUCCUUUGGGGUUUAUGGAUUCCUCAGAGUUACACGAUGUCUCUCUGGUCACUAUUGGUACUGUUAUUUGACAUAACCCAUCUUAAUAAUGGGAACAGAGGAAUAUGUAAGGCAAUGUGCAUUAAUCAAAAAAUGUGUUUAUAAAAGAUAAUGACCUAUUUAAUCUCUCCUCACUGGCCACACUACCUCAUUUCAGUGUGGAUAAUUGGGUAAUAUUUGGUUGAGACGUUAAUCAAUGAGAUUACAACCAAUAUUAACCCACUCAAAUUAAAUUCCAAUAGAAAAACAAUGUUGAUUUUUCGUUUCGUUGUCACCCAAAUAUUUAUCACUGCGCUUUCAACCAUUUUAAAGCACAGCAAAGCUCAAAUGGGAAUACAAUGUCAGAUAUUGAUAAAUCCCUGUGCUUAAUCUAAUAGCAGAACCAAAUGACCUGGAUUGCAGUUGAGAUUACAUUAAAAGUACAUGAGUGCAAAAGAUCAAUGCCGUUUUGAGAUUCUGUGCAGAUUAUUACAGCAGUUGUUGUGAUCUCCACAGACCUGUGACCUAUGCAUGCUAUCUUACACAUGCACUCUUUUAUAUGACUACAGUAACCUCAAAAUGUGGUCAUGGAUGUGUUACUCUUUUUUAAGUUUGAAUGUUACAUUCGUUUUUUAAGAUAACUUUAGUCUAAGGCUAUUUACUGUAUUACAAAGUAAUAUUGUGUUUUGUUGACAACACAACCAAAUAUCAACAUUUUAAAGGAGAUGUAUCUUGUGCUUGGAUAGUUCCAUCUGUGCCACUGACUUAGUCUGGCUUUAAUUCCAAUUUGUCUACAAAUGAAUGAUUGCUAUGUUGGAUUCACGACUCCAUCUAACCGAAGACAAAUGUAUUUUCCAUAUAGAUUCCACGUCACAGUAUGUUGACAAAUUGUUGAAACAACGUUUAUAGUACCAAGUACAACGCAAGUGACUAUCCUUUCAGAUAAUCCAUCUGUUUAACCCAUUUUGGGAACUGUCAAGUUUUUGAAUGCACUCGAAAGCAAAAUAUGCCCUCGAAAAGUAACUUAAGUCAGUAUCAUCAAUAAUCUCAAGCAGCUUCCCCCCCCCCCAUUGAGCCUCUUCCAAAUCUGUGCUGAGACAGCAUGUCUGCUGGACUAUUGAGUAAAUGACAUAUCUAUGUCAAGUGUGAAGGUUGUCAGAUCAUCGCUUGCAGCGUUCGAGAGCUUUUUACCAGGACAGGAACCUAUUUGGAAGUGUUUUCUGUGGAAACAACGCGGCCUCAUCCAUUACCGUCUUAACCGUUCAGAACACAAACAUAAAUAAAGUCAGGAGCAGAAAUAGCUGGAGCCAUCCCUGUUCACAUGAAGGAACGAGGAUAAAUGCCCUCUUUAAAAUAGCUUGUUAAAAUAACUGACCCCGGUUCAGAAGGGAUCUGCUACUGCUAAGUCUUAAAAUAGGCUGACCAUGUAGAUGACGGUUUGAAAGCAUUUUUCUCAGUCUUAACAUUAAGAUGAAACAGACGGAGGAGACGAGAACAGGCAUGAGAAGAAUGUCCAGUUAUAAAAAAGAAAGAGAAAAAAAAGUGCAAUUUUGGGAUUUUGGAUCAGCCUUUAAAAGGAAUGAUACACCUGUUUCAGAAGCUCUUUCUCUGGCUGUUCAGAUAAGGCAAAACCAGUCAAAGGUAUCUGCACAGAGAUUUUAAACAUCAGGUAUUUGGUGCUGUGUCGACAACAGAGGUUAUUUUUCAAUCAAGCAAUGUAACAUCAAAGUAGACUGGAUCUAGCAUGCUGCUUGCACACUUGAUACAGUGUAUUCAUGAAUCAGUAUUGGGUACUAAGAAUGCUACAAAUACCUAUUUAUUAUGAUACAUGUUUAUGUAACUGUUUAAAUCUGUCAGAGUCAAAUACUAUUGUAAAUAAUAUAUCCUCCACAGAAAUGUAUGUAUAGAUGACUGUUGCUCUGUAUACUGUAAGACUGGCAUUGUGUGUUAAUGAACGACAUUGUUGACAUGCUC